CAGCAACAAAAAGAGGAAGACAAGGGCCAACUUGAUGGUCACUUGCUACUGCGCUUUAUUAAUUCAUUAUUUUCCAAAAUAAUGCACAUAUAUACCCGCCCACAGCCGCCCUCCGCCCCCGCCAAUCAAAAAAUAAAACAAUAACAAAGGGGUGUUGUUGUUGUUGCUGUUGCUGCUGCUGCGCUGGAAAAACAACUCGCAUAAAAUUGUAAAACGCACAAAGAAGGCGAACGUGGAAAGUUAGGGCAAAAACCCAGUCACGAUGUCGUGGUUUAAUCCCUGGGAUGGCCUCAAAACGAAAAUGUGUCGCUACCUGCUUCAGCGAUACCUGGGACAGUUUUUCGAGAAUAACCUGAACCUGGAACAGCUGAAGGUGGACCUUUACAAUGGCAAGGCGGUGGUGGAGGACAUAUUCCUGAAGGUCAACGCCUUCAACGAUCUCUUCGAGGAUCAGGGCUGGGCCUUCGAGGUGGUCUCGGGCCACAUUGGCCGCCUGACUGUCGUGGUGCCCUGGAACGCGCUGAUGACCAAUGACAGUAGCCUUGAGAUCCACAAUCUUACCAUCACCUUGAGGCCAGUCACACGCUAUCAGAGCGGCACCACCAUGCUGGAGUCCAUGUGGUCGUCGGUGAGCAGCUCGAUGCAAAUGGCCGAGGAGUGCAUGAAGCAGGUGGAUGACGAUGUGCCCUUCCUGAACCACAAUAACGCCCUGAUUGGGCUGGAGAAGUUCGCAGAAACCAUCGACAAUGUCCUCAAUCGCAUACGGGCCAAGCUUACAAAUACUACUUUGAACAUAGAGUACCUGCUGCCCAGAUCGGACAGGAAGCUGGUGCUCUCCUUCCAGGCCAGCCAUGUGGAGUACAAAAACAAGACGGGCUACGAGAUGCCCAUGUCCACCUCCCAGGACACUGAAACCGAAGAAGAUCCCAACAGCAGCUUCAAUGCACUGCCCAUGAUAGCCAAACACAAUUUGGUAAUAGAGGGCCUUAGUUUGCACACAUCUGAAGUGCUUGAUGUAAUGGAUCACCAGUACGGACCCACUCCUUACGAGCAGCUCUGCAAGAUUGUGGAGCUCAAGGGCGCGCAAAACAUCCAAAUCAACAUCAAGCAGACGGAAAAUAUAGUUGGGCCCAAGGUCAGCCUAGAACUCAGUCUGGACGACAUAUACUUUAUGCUCACGCCGCGCCAAAUCCACCUGCUUAUCGAGUUCUCCAAGGGCUUCAACUGUGGUGGUCAGCAGGAGCGACCUAAAAAGGGCAGAAGCUUGAAAUCGGCUCCGCCCAGUGAGUAUCAGAUGCAAAGUCUGCAGCAGCCCACCCGGAUGACGGGGAUUCUGGGCCAGAAUGCAGACUGGUGUACAGGAAUGUCAGAAGCCGACCCCUCCGAAUACUCCGCGUAUGGAAAUCCCCCGAGGAGCGGUUACGCACGGAGUCGAAAGAUGAGCGAGUCCACAAACAGCAUGGUCACCUCCUGCACCAAUACACUCCAGCAGGAGUUGGGGUACACAGAGAAAUCCGGCGAGAUCCUCAAGUUCAAGGUGCAGAUCUCGAAAAUCUACGGAAUUGCUUUGCACCAGGACAUUCUUAUCCAGAACACGGCCAACAUCGACAGUUGCAGCACGGUUUUCGAUCACGCAAGUUACCUUCGCUACUCGGACACUGCCAGUGGUUUCUUUUUGGGCACGCUCCUAGAGAAUCACGUGCCGCUGCAAAAUCAGCAGUACCUUUUGCUACGUGCAGCCCCAAUAAUCGUUAGUGGAAGCCAGCAGCGCUAUUUCCAGGAGCUCACGUCGCGGACUACUUUGUCCGCCACUGCGGUGGAUCUCAUCGAGGUCCUGGAUAACUCCAUGGAGCACCUGCUUCAGUUUGACCGCCAGCGAAACUGCCCGGAUGGCUACCACAUCCGACCGGAGAUCGUGCUCACGCAGAGCUCCUCGUUCAUGUUCAAGCAGAACCACAAUCAUUGUUCCAACAAAAUUGAAGUCAGUUUAGAUGAAUGUACGGCAGAAUUGGAUGUAUCUUUAUACGAUCGACUAGGGGCGCUCUUUGGCUGCUCUCCGUUUCCGGCGGAUUCGACUUCUUCAACGACCUAUCCAGAUGAUCCCAACCAAACGGAGUUCGUAGUGAAGUCCGAAAAUCUGCGUGUUCACUUGCGAUUUCCUGUGGUGGAUGGCAGAGCGGCCAACGAUCCGGAAAAGAUUCCCUGGUGGAAGAAGAAUGUGCGACGUGAUUUCUUAGCCGUGGAGUUCCGCGCCCUAGUCGUUAGUUCGAGGUCUCAGAUAAGCAUCGUUUCGGAUGAACUAGAUGUGUUCUAUUGUGACGCGGAUAAGCAGAGCGCCGUGCACCUCUUGAAAUGCCAGCAAAGAAUGCAGCCGAAUAAGAAGAUCCAAAUUGACGUACUUCAGUUGAAGGACGCCACUGAUGGUCAAAAGAAAGCAAGGAAGUCGCCCUUUAGCUCAAAAUGUACCUUUGGCUACACCUCCCAUGUCGAGGGACUCGACGGCAGUGUGGACAAAACAGAUUCCCUUUUGCCUGGUGAAACGGAGGAGAUCAAUGAAUUCUGCGAUAGUUGCACCCAGUGCUCCAAACUAAAGAUAUUUACGUUUAUUCCACACGUCAAAGUUGUGCUGGAAUCCAAGAGUAUGUAUGAAUUGAUAUACAACCGUUUGAACGGAGAUCUCUUUAUGUGGGAACCACGUUCUCCGCACUAUGACAACCAUACGGAUAACGAAGUCGCACAGUCUAAGAACCUGUAUGCAGAGCCCCAGCUGGAGGAGUUCAGAAGAAACCUGCUGCUCAGUACCAGUACCAUGGAGAGCAGCAUAUACUUUUCCAUGGCGGAGCCAACGGUCUCUGCUCCACCAGCGCCACCAGUUCGGAAUGAAGCCUUCUCCUUUGAGUUGUUUGUGGAGCAGGGAUCUCUGAUUCUGUUUUCGCAUCUUCUGGAUGCCGAGACCAACCAGCGAUCCAAGGAGUGUGGUAAGUUUCAGGUGAAUAUAAAGGAGCUGCGUUUGUUUACAGUGAAUGGCUUGGACAACGAUUCGAAUAGGAGUUUCUUCUGCAUCCAGCUGGGCGAGAUCGAGGCUUUGCAUUGCGGAAAUACGCUCCAGGAUUUGGAGUUGGCUUGGAGUGAUUUGGCGGAUAAAAAUCUGCUGCCCACGAUCUAUAAUUUUCCCAAUGUUCAUCAGCAGCAGGACAGGAAAAGAAUGGAGGUGCUAUCCCUUGUGGCUGAGAUCAAGAAGCAACCGGAGCAGCGCAUCAAGAGGAUGAAGAUGUCCUUUGGGAUAAGUGGCGCCAUUCUGCAGCAUCACUCCUGCCACUCGGAGCACUCUUGGCUGAAUCAACUGAUCGACUUCAUGGACGUGGCCGACUUUCCCAUCGAGGAAUACGAACCGUUUGCUCUGGUCUCCGAGUUGCAGUUGCAUGUGUGGAACGCUGGGAUCGACUAUCGCCCCAAAUUCUUCCCACAACGAGCCUUCCUGGAUCUGGGCUACUGUACCUUGAGCAGCAACAUCAUAUCAUCGAUGAGUGGCUGCACCUUGCGACUCCUAGCCGAGGAUUGCGUCCUGCAACUGGGAUUGGUUAAUGAAUCCAACGACUCCUUAAUUCCUGUAUUGAAUCUGGGACUGCUGAAUAUAUCCUUCCGCUUGAAUGCGGAAGGUAGUGGACAACCGCGGGUGGAUCUGCGCUCCUCUAUCCACGAUAUGCAUCUGAAGACUUGCUACGAUUCGGCAGCAGCUUUGGCCCAACUCAUAGCCUAUUUGGCCAACGACAGGGAUCUGUGUCCGCCAGAGGAGCCCAUCUUGAAUGAGGAUACCAAACCCGCAGAGCCGAAACCCAAUGAAGAGCACGAGGUCAGCGAGCACACCCAGAACCAUGUGAGCAAACUCAUGGCCGAUGCUGUGAUAGACGUAGAGUGCUCGCCCAAUCUCAGGGCUACCAGAUCUCCAGGCAGUCGGGAGGAGGGAAUUGAGAUCUUCUACUUCCCGGAUGAGCCAAAGGAGAAGAGGAAAUCCACGCCCGCCAAGCUACAGAACACACCCCUGAUGGUUGAGAGUCCCUCGAUCAUCGGAGACAUCCUGGACUUUGAGUCAAAUGUGAUCUUACAGUCCUACUACCACCACCAGAGUCAAGUGCAACCUCAGACUUCACUGGGCUCCCAAGUGCAGCAGGAGCUGGGGUCUCUGGGCAACGCGUCCCUGGAGGAACGGGAUUUCGACAUCAUCCACGACGAGGAGGUUUUACGCAUGGACAAGUUUGGUGUAAAGCAGAUUUACAUCUCGGAGGACCCCCUGCAGAUUGUGGAUAAUCACUUUGAGUUGCCGCACGAGAAGGUCGAUCUUCUGAGGCCUCCAGCUAAUUUCCCAGUGGCCGAGAGCAGUUACACCCUCUGCGAGAUGACCUUCACGUGGCACCUUUAUGGCGGCCGGGAUUUUCCUGAUGAACCUCUCAAGAAAUCCUCUUCAUCAGCAACCAGUGGCUUUGGCAUGUCCGAUACCUACAAGUAUGGAGUGUCUCAAGCUCAAGAACAGGACAAACAGGAUAAAAAGAGUUCCAAGAAGAGCCUGCCAAAACAACCCAAAGGAUCCCAGCGCAAUCUGGAGGUUCUAGUGGAGAUGCAGCUCUCCAAGAUCCGAUUCUCCUACGAAACCUACCCGUUGACCUCGAUGUACGCGUCCCGUCAGGUGCUCCUUGUGUCGGAGAUCGAAAUAAGAGAUAGGUUGCGCUCCUCGGAUAUCAACAAGUUCUUGUAUCACCCGACUGGCAAUAAUUUAUCCCACAAGCCGGACGAGAACAUGGUUAUAGUGAAGGCUCUGAAUGUGCGUCCAAAUCCGCAAAAGAGCUCCGCGGAAGAGUGUUCCUUGAGGGUCUCCAUUCUGCCCAUAAAGCUCAAUAUUGACCAGGAUACUCUGCUCUUUCUCGAGGACUUCUUUUCGGGUAUGUUCCGAAACUCCGCUAGUGCUGCUGGUGGCACAAAGACGGAGGGCAGCAGUUCGUCUGCAACGGAUAUGCCGGUGAUGUCGGUAAGCAAACUGCCGGAGGAGUUAUCCGAUGAGUUACCCGACUCCGAAGUUAAGGAGAUGGUGGAGAGGAAUCUGAAUGUGCUGAUUGAAGAGAACAGCUUGGAUAACGAGUUGGAGGAGGAUCCGGCCACGGCUCCACCUGUCUUCUUCCGCGAGGUGAUCUUCAGUCCAGCACUACCCAUUUGCUUCGACUAUCAUGGAAGGCGGAUUGAACUUUCCCGCGGGCCGGUCACCGGCCUAAUCAUGGGUCUCGCCCAGCUGCAGGGAUCCGGAAUUAAUUUACGGGAAAUCGUGAACCGCCGGGGCAUCCUGGGGUGGAACAAACUGUGCGAGUUCCUGGCCAAGGAGUGGCUCAAGGACAUCAAGCGGAAUCAACUGCCUAAUAUCCUAAGCGGAAUUGGACCCACGAAUGCGGUGCUGCAGCUUUUCCAGGGUAUCUACGAUCUGUUCCGACUGCCCAUCGAGCAGUACAACAAGGAUGGACGGAUUAUCAGGGGAUUCCAGCUGGGCGCACAGAGUUUCACGGCCCGCACAGCACUGGCUGCCCUGGAGAUCACCUCCAGGAUCAUACACCUGCUGCAAUUCACGGCGGAGACCACCUUCGAUAUGUUAUCUGCAGGUCCCUCCAUGAAGAAGAGAAAGGGCGGCAGGCAGGGCAAGAGAAGGCGCCAAGGACGACCCAAGGAUCUGCGCGAGGGCGUGGCCAACGCCUACACUAUAGUGAGGGAGGGCAUCAACGAAUCGGCCAACACACUCAUCGAAGCCGCCAUCACGGAGCACGACCAGAAGGGCUACAGUGGAGCCGUGGGCGCGGUGGUACGCCAGAUUCCGCAGCUGGUCGUCUGCCCGGCGGUGCUGGCCACCCAAGCCACCACCAACAUCCUGGGCGGCGCCAAGAGUUCGCUGGUGCCGGAGGCCAAACUGGAGGCGCGCGACAAGUGGAAGCAGGAGAUCCACUAAGGAGCUUCUCCCCAGAUCGACUAGGUUUACGGUAGCUAUAGUUCACAGGGCUUACAGCAUAACGCAAUGUUUUCUAUUGUUUUACUAAUAAUAAAUAAUGUACAUAAAAGGAGCACUUGCACAAGGCGAGGUGACGAGGGACUUGGGAUCCCGAACGGUGAUUCCGACAUGGGUGUGAUUGAACUUAUCCUUUUUAGCCAUAUUACAGUACAUCAGAGUUAUAUUUU